AUGCUCUCAGACGACGUGGCUGGCAGAGUCAGCUGCUCUUUGAUGUCAGUACCUGCUCCGGGCUCGGUGGGGCGGGAGUGGGCGAGCGGAGCGCAGUGCGGGCGAGCCGCAGCCUCUGCUCGCCGGCUGCAGGAGGGCUCCUGCCUCCCACACUACCGACCCCCGUCCGCCCCGGCGGUGAAAAAAAAAGGCGGGGGGCGGGGGCACGCUGUCGCCGCCGCAGAUCCACCGAGGGAACUUGCCCAACUUUCUCCGUCCCUGGCACCGGGACUCGCUGCCAUGGCCCCCGCCAACUCCUCCCGCAACUUCUCCGCGCCGGAGGCUCGGAACGGCUCAGUACCUGAGAAGCCAGCACCAUACACCAAUGUGAUCAUGCCCAGUCUCUUCAGCAUCAUCUGCUUCUUGGGCAUUGUGGGGAACCUCAUUGUCAUCUACACUAUCAUCAAGAAGAAGAAGCUGAGAUGCAAACAGACCGUGCCUGACAUUUUCAUCUUCAACCUCUCCAUUGUGGACCUCCUCUUCCUCUUAGGCAUGCCCUUCCUCAUCCACCAGCUCCUAGGCAACGGCUCAUGGUACUUUGGAGCUCCCCUAUGCACCAUCAUCACUGCCCUGGACACCAACAGUCAGAUCACCAGCACCAACAUCCUUACAGUGAUGACACUAGACCGCUACCUGGCGACCGUCUACCCUCUAAAAUCCACCUACGUCCGGACUCCAUGCGUUGCAGCUCUAGUUAUCUGCUUGGUGUGGCUCCUUUCCUUCCUGACCAUCAUUCCUGUGUGGAUGUAUGCAGGUCUUAUGCCUCUGGAGGAUGGGACUGUCCGCUGUGCUCUCUUGCUUCCCAACCCAGAGACUGAUAUCUACUGGUUCACCCUCUAUCAGUUCAUGCUGGCGUUCGCUGUGCCGUUGAUUGUGAUCUGUGUGGUCUAUUUUAAGAUCCUCCAGCACAUGGCCACCACUGUGGUCCCAUUGCCCCAAAGGAGCCUCCGGGUACGUACCAAAAAAGUCACCCGCAUGGCAGUUGCCAUCUGCUCUGCCUUUUUUAUUUGUUGGGCUCCCUUCUACAUCCUCCAGCUGGUUCACCUUGGCAUCGACACACCAUCCAUGGCCUUCUUUUAUGCCUACAACUUUGCCAUUAGCUUGGGCUAUGCCAACAGUUGCCUCAAUCCCUUCCUCUACAUUGCCCUCAGUGAGACCUUCAAGCGUCAGUUCUUAGUGGCCAUCCGCCCCGCAAAAGAGCCAUGUUGCAACAGCAGCUCUGUCAACAACAACAGCAUGACGGAGGCUAGCGUAUGUCUAAAACUGGCACCAGAAUCCACCCAGCAGACUCAGUUUCUGGAGGACUUUUCCCCACGUUCACCGCCUGUGACUGUGGCUGUUCACUAGGGCACCUUGAAGUGACCACAGCAAAAAGCCUUCAGAUCUGUAAGUCGAUGGAGAAGCAGCAGCUUCAGGCAAUUCUUGGUGAAGCAUAUGAACUACAAGCUUCCACCUCCAAGAGCCCAGGUGCCUCCCCUUUUCAUUGCAGGGCUCUGCUCCUACACUGCCCUUGGCCUGUGAGAUGCUGCAUACUGCUGCUUCUUUCCACUCCUGCACGGGAGGACUCUAUCACACAAGGCACAGGGCCCCCAAAGAGGAUAGAUGGAAAAAAGAAAGGACAGAAAGAGGAUUUUAAGGGAGAAUGUUCACCCUGGAAGAGUAAAACCUAUCAACAACACUGCCCUGUGACUCCCCGUCUCUUGGCCUGACCAGGAUUCCUAAGCAGCAUGACAAUAUAGAACUACUUCUUUCAAAACUUGAACCUUUGAAACACAAUGUCAUAUAUUUAUUUUUGGUAAGAAAUCUGACCUGCAAACUUUGAUGCCUCUGCUCGUAUCCUAGAAGCAAACAGCAGAGAGUUCAUGGGGCCAGAAGUCUCACCUAGGUCUGCCACUUGGCCUUUUGGUAUUAUUCGGCAACCAAGAUAUUUGCAAGAACUGGCUAAUUUCAAUGCUAAUCCUAAAUGUCUCAAGCAAAAUCAGGCAGAUAACAAUUGCACUGCUUCAAGGGACUGCAAACAAUUCUCAAAACUACUGCUGCUAACACAAGCUUUGUGGCUUUUCAUGCCGAUGAGCCGAUUUUCACACUGCUAGUUCCUCAUGCCGCUCCUGUGCCUCGCAGUCUGCACGGCCAUCGGGGAACCCCAGGCAGAGGGCUUUAAACAUGACUAAAACACACAAUGGGCAGAGAUCUGCGGAGCGAGAUGAUGCGAAAAGGCAACUCAGAGGAAGCAGAGUUGCUUUACAUAGUUAAGGGGGAAAAUUAAAUGUCUGUGUUUUGUAUAUGCAGCUUUAACAGUCACAGAUUAGGAGAUAACUUUGCUCGUUACAGAGACUGAAGACAGCAGCACAGAUCAGCUAAGCGUGGGGGAUUACACCGAGAGCCUGCGCAGGGCUCCCAGGGGACCGUGCAGGCAUUGUUCAACACUUUGUCAAACAUGGAGGAACUGGUUACUGUAGAUUAG